UCUUUAGAAGGUUGUUCUUGAGGACCAUGAUUAUGGGGGCUCAGGCUCUCGUUAUAACAACCCUGUUGGGGCUGCUGACAUCGCUGGCCUCUUCAGCAGAGAAUGAAACGUCCAUCUGUAAGCCAUCGCCUGAAUGGAGCAUUGGGGAUGUGGUGCCCAUGAAUGGGACGUUGGGCCAGGUGACCGUGGUGGCUCUUCUUCAAGCCAGCUGUGGGUUCUGUCUUGUACAGGCGGCCAGUAUGGGUCCUCUCCGUGAGAAGCUUUCUAGCCACGGCUUGACCGAUAUAACCUAUAUGAUAGUGAACGAUCAGAGCUUUUACUCUGAACUCUUAUACCCGGAGUUGAAAAGAAGGGCCCCGGCGGGAGUGCCUGUGUACCAGCAAAUUCCCAACCAGAAGGAUGUCUGGGAAGCCCUUAAUGGAGACAAGGACGACUUCCUUAUCUAUGACCGGUGUGGCCGCCUCGCUUUCCAUGUCCGUCUCCCGUUCAGCUAUCUCCAUUUUUCCUACGUGGAAGCUGCCAUUCGCUCCACGUACUUUGAUGACUUCUGUGGAAACUGCAGUUUCUAUGCAAAUGUCACUGAGCAAACAACGAAUGUAUCCACUGCCAGCACUACAGAACCCAAACUAUCACCCUUGCCAAAAGACGAGAAAAAGGAACAUCACAAUAAACCACACCAACAUCUGGACCAUGAAGUCGUCAAUAAGGAGAAACAGAAGGACCACAAGCCUGACCACCAUCUAACCGGGGAUGAGAAGCCUCACUCUCCAAACAGAAGAAAGCCUCACCAUCCCAGGACUGAAGGGAACGAAUACUAGAUUGUUGGCCUCUGUGUUAAAUAACUAGUGAUUUUUUUUGUAUUUUAAUGUGCUACAUUACAGCUUCAUAUCAGAUCUAUGUUCUUAAGAGACCGUAAGGUGCAAAAUUAUUGCUUUUAAAAUAAAGUCCAAUUCUUGGAA